AUGUAUUAUUGCAUGGCAAAACUGAUAUUCGUUGCUCUUCUAUUUUGUUCAUUUCUAUCAGUGAGUGAACAACAAUAUACUCCUGACUGGACAUCACUCGAUACACGCCCAUUACCUAGAUGGUAUGACGAAAGUAAAAUAGGUAUCUUCCUUCACUGGGGUUUGUACAGCGUUCCAGCUAUCUCUUCGGAAUGGAUGUGGUGGAAUUGGCAAGGUACCAAUCCAGUUGAGAGUAUUGUAGCUUAUAUGGAGAAAAACUAUCCACCAGAUUGGACUUAUGCAAAUUUUGGUCCACAGUUUCGUGCGGAUCUCUAUGAUCCAAAUGAAUGGGCUGAUCUAUUUGCUGCCUCUGGUGCAAAGUACGUUGUUCUUACUAGCAAGCAUCAUGAAGGCUAUGCUAUGUGGCCAUCGACAUUUAAUUUUAAUUGGAACUCAAUGCAUGUUGGUCCAAAACGAGAUUUACUUGGAGAUCUAGCUGCAGCUAUUCGAAAUCGAACAAAUCUUGUCUUUGGUUUAUAUUAUUCAUUGUUUGAAUGGUUCAAUCCAGUCUAUCUACAAGAUAAAUCUAAUAAUUUCACCACUCAAUACUUUCCAGAAACGAAAACAUUGCCUGAACUCAGAGAACUCGUAGAAACAUACAAACCUGAAAUAGUCUGGUCUGAUGGCGAAUGGGAAGCGCGCGAUACCUAUUGGAAUGCUACUCAAUUUUUAGCUUGGCUCUACAAUGAAAGUCCUGUGAAAGACACUGUCGUUGUCAAUGAUCGAUGGGGUAGUGAACUUCUAUGCAAACAUGGCGACUUUUACACUUGUUUGGAUCGCUUCAAUCCAGGGUAUCUAAUUGAACAUAAAUGGGAAAAUGCUUUCACGAUUGAUAAAAGGGCAUGGGCAUACCGUCCUAUUGCUAAUAUUGAGGAUUAUAUGACAAUUGAAGAAUUACUCAAAGAAGUGGUCACUACGAUCAGCACUGGAGGUAAUGCCUUGGUCAAUGUUGGUCCCAACAUGCAUGGAAAGAUUCCACCAAUAUUUCAAGAACGUCUUCGACAAAUGGGUUCAUGGUUACAAGUCAAUGGUGAAGCUAUUUAUGCUACUAAACCAUGGGAAUAUCAAAAUGAUACUAUCAAUCCAAAUGUUUGGUAUACAUCAUCACAAGAUAAUAGAUUCGUCUAUGCUUUUCUUCUUAUAUGGCCAAAAGAUAGCAAUGAAAUAAUACUCGGUGCUCCGUUAAGUUCUUCAAGAACAAUUGUGACACUUUUGGGUUCAAAUGCUGAUUCAGUUCCAUGGCGUGUAGCUAGUGGAGAUCGUGGUAUUGUGAUCGAUGUUUCAGCAAUCAAACUUCAUUUACUACAAAGUGAAUGGACGUGGACAUUCAAACUAGAGAAUAUUAGUGGUUAA